AUGCCCCAACGCAGCAAAAUCAUCACACUCCAAGCAGGCCAAUGCGGCAACAGCGUGGGCUCACAGUUCUGGCAACAAUUGUGUCAGGAACAUGGCAUCAACCGCGAUGGCAAUCUUGAAGACUUUGCAACCGAAGGAGGUGACCGUAAGGAUGUCUUCUUUUACCAGUCGGACGAUACGCGAUACAUCCCUCGCGCCAUCCUGAUGGACCUCGAACCAAGAGUCAUCAACGGCAUCCAAACGGGCCCGUACAAGAACAUAUACAAUCCCGAAAACUUCUACAUCCACAGCGGUGGUACCGGAGCUGGAAACAACUGGGCUGCGGGCUACUCGAUGGGCGAGACGGUGCAAGAGGAGGUUCUGGACAUGAUUGACCGCGAGGCUGAUGGCAGUGACAGUCUGGAGGGCUUCAUGCUGCUGCACUCGAUCGCUGGCGGCACGGGAUCAGGACUGGGCUCGUACCUGCUGGAACGACUCAACGACCGCUUCCCCAAGAAGCUGAUCCAGACAUACUCGGUCUUUCCGGAUACCUUGCAGUCGGGCGAUGUCGUUGUGCAGCCGUACAACUCUCUGCUGUCGAUGAAGCGACUCACCCAACAAGCCGACAGUGUCAUUGUCCUGGACAACGGUGCGCUGUCACGCAUUGCAGCCGACACGCUUCACGUGCAAGAACCCUCCUUUCAGCAGACCAACCAACUCGUCAGUACAGUCAUGAGUGCGUCGACGACAACACUGCGCUAUCCUGGCUACAUGCACAAUGAUCUUGUCGGCAUUGUCGCUUCUCUGAUCCCCACGCCACGCUGCCACUUCCUGCAGACCAGCUACACGCCCUUUACGGGUGAGAAUGUCGAAGCCGCAAAGACCGUCCGCAGAACGACUGUUCUCGAAGUCAUGCGUAGACUCUUGCAACCGAAGAACAGGAUGGUCAGCUCAAACCCAUCAAAGAACAGCUGCUACAUCAGCAUCCUCAACAUCAUCAUGGGAGAAGCCGAUCCCACCGAUGUCCACAAAUCCCUCCUCCGCAUCCGCGAACGCCGCCUCGCAACCUUCAUCCCCUGGGGCCCCGCCUCCAUCCAAGUAGCCCUUACGCGAACAUCCCCCUACACCACAACCUCCUACACCCCGCGCGUCUCCGGCCUCAUGCUAGCAAACCACACGGGCAUCGCCACCUUGUUCAAACGCAUAGUAUUCCAAUACGACCGCUUGCGCAAGCGAAACGCCUUUUUGGAGCAAUAUAAACGCGAAGAUGCUUUUCGGGAUGGCUUGGGCGAAUUUGAUGAUGCGAGGGAGGUUGUCAUGGAUUUGGUUCGGGAGUAUGAGGAUGCGGAAAAGGAGACUUAUCUUAGUGGACCGCAGGGGCCGGUUGAGUCGGAGGAGAAGGAUGGGAGGACUGAUGGGAUUAGAUGA